CCCCUUGCCCCUGCCCCCCCGCGGCUCCCCGCUGCUCCGCCCGCCCCCGGCCGGCUGCACCAUGUUUCGGUUCCUGCGGGGCUGGGUGCUCCCCCAGGCUGCCUGCGAAGAAGCCAACAACAGCUCCCGGUACGAGAAUCUCUUCAAGAAGCUGGACCUCAAUGAGGACGGGAGAGUGGACAUCGCCGAGCUGCAGGCGGGCCUGAAAGCCCUGGGCAUCCCCCUGGGCAGAGAUGCAGAAGAGAAAAUUUUUAAAGCUGGGGAUGCAAACAAGGAUGGGCAGCUGGACAUCGAAGAAUUCAUGCAGUACCUUAAAGACCAUGAGAAAAAAAUGAAACUAGCGUUUAAGAGUCUGGACAAAAACAAUGAUGGAAAAAUUGAAGCAUCAGAGAUUGUCCAGUCCCUCAGGAUCUUGGGUAUUGUUAUUUCAGAACAACAGGCAGAAAAGAUUCUACAAAGCAUUGAUGCUGAUGGGACAAUGUCCGUGGACUGGAAUGAAUGGCGGGAUCAUUUUUUAUUUAACCCAGCUACAGACAUUGAGGAAAUAGUCCGUUAUUGGAAACAUUCUACUGUAUUGGAUAUAGGAGAUAGCUUGACUAUCCCAGACGAAUUCACAGAGGAAGAGAAAAAGUCAGGGCAGUGGUGGAGACAGCUGUUAUCAGGAGGAGUGGCUGGUGCUGUCUCUCGAACAGGUACAGCACCAUUAGAUCGCCUUAAAGUCAUGAUGCAGGUUCACGGUUCAAAGUCAAAUAAAAUGAAUAUAUCAAGUGGCCUUAAGCAGAUGGUGAAAGAAGGAGGCGUUCGUUCCCUUUGGAGGGGAAAUGGUGUGAAUGUUAUUAAAAUUGCACCUGAAACAGCUAUUAAGUUCUGGGCAUAUGAACAGUAUAAGAAGAUAUUUGCUAAUGAAGAUGGAAAGGUUGGAACCAUUGAAAGAUUUGUAUCUGGUUCUUUAGCUGGGGCAACAGCACAGACCUCUAUUUAUCCCAUGGAGGUCUUAAAAACCAGACUGGCUGUGGGUAAAACAGGACAAUACUCUGGGAUGUUUGACUGUGCUAAGAAGAUUUUUAAAAGAGAAGGAGUGAAAGCCUUUUACAAAGGUUAUGUACCCAAUAUUCUGGGCAUAAUUCCUUAUGCUGGUAUAGACUUAGCUGUCUAUGAGGCUUUGAAGACUGCUUGGCUAGAUCGUUAUGCAUCAGACUCUGCUAACCCUGGUGUCUUUGUGUUGCUGGGAUGUGGUACUAUCUCCAGCACCUGUGGCCAGUUAGCCAGCUACCCUCUUGCUCUUAUCAGAACUCGCAUGCAGGCUCAAGCCCUGUUGGAAGAAGCCCCACAGCUAAACAUGGUUGGUCUCUUUCAAAGGAUAAUUGCUAAUGAAGGGAUCAUAGGACUUUAUAGGGGCAUAGCCCCAAACUUCAUGAAAGUGCUUCCAGCUGUCAGCAUUAGCUAUGUGGUUUAUGAAAAAAUGAAGCAAAAUUUGGGAAUAGCAUGAAAAGAAGGAAAAAGCUGAUAAGCAUCUACCAUUUUCAGGAACAUUCAAACCAAAAAGGAUUUCUCAAAUAACUGAUUUGUUCUUAUUUAUAAUUGGAGAACAGAUUCCGGUGCAGAGACGCUGUGGAUAUGUUUUUUUCUUCAAGUUUAGUUUCUAAUCUCCCAUCCCCAAACUGCUAUCAUAUAGCAAUUGAAAGCAUGAGUCUGUGGAUUUAAAAAAAAACAAAAAAAAAACCCCACAGCAUCUUUAAAUCAGCUACAUGUUAAAAGACUAUCAGGAAACCAUCUAUGCUUUAGGUGUUGGCUUUUUUUUUUCUUUUUCUUUUUUUGGUAAUUUCUGCUCCCUCAAAUAUGCAUUUGAGUGGGAUGAAGCCAUAUUUGGGAGAGAAGUAUACUGCACUGGAAUUAAGACACAGAUUUGUCAAAUCAUUUUAUAUGCAGGCAAUUCACAACUUCCCUUUUGCACAUAUCUAUAAAAGUAAUAUUGCUUUUUUGAUAAACUGUUAAAAUAAGUCCUGGAAAAAACAUUGUCUUAGAGACAGUUAUGAAUAGAACACCACAUUAAAUCUUGAGAAUGACAACAUAUUUUACUUAUAUUUCUCUGUUUCUGGUUUAAAGAGAUGAAAGUGCAAGGGGAUGUUGUUCUGCGGUAUCAGAAAACCUCAUGCUGAGUUAAAUGCUACUCAUUUAUGGUACAGUCACAAUGACCUGUAUGGCUUGUUUCACUGGCCUCUUUCUAUUUAAUUUGUAAAUGCUGGCAGCAUUAGCCAAAACUGUCUUGGUUCUUGAUGCAAGGUUUGUAAGAUCAUAAAGUUAGCAACAGAAAAGAACUACUGGAUCACUAAAUUCCCUGCAAGAGCAAAUUUCAGGAUAAAGGAAGUAUCUGGUAUGAAAUUUUGGCUGCAUUAAUUGGAGUAUACCAAAUAGGGAUGUCGACGUGUAGUCAACUACACAAUUAACUGAUAAACCUGGGUUUAUCAGUUAAUCCUAUCCACUACAUGCCUCCCCAUUCUGCCUUCCACAUUAUGGUGCUUUUAUACCAGUUCUCUGCGAGCAUUGGCUCCUGCCAGGCUCCCCUCCCCCA